AUGAAAACCUUUAAUGCAGAUGGAUCUUUGAUCCCUGAUCAAUUGAUUGAUCAAGCAACGAAAAUUAUUGAUCGUUUAUUUUUAUUAGUCAAAGAAUAUUCCAAUGAACAUGGUGAUAUAUCGCUCUUCGAUUUCAUUGAACCAAGACUAGAAGAAAUAUCCGAUUUGAAUGUGAAAAAUCUUGUUCAAUUAUUUUUGAGUUAUGCUGAACUUCAUGAAGGAUCAGAUUUAAAGGAACUUUCUGUGAAAUGUUAUUCGAAAGGAGAAGCGCGAUUGGAACCAUCAGAUUUAUCACUUUCCAAUGGCUUUGGUACAUUAUAG